AUGCAUUUCAGUUCUACUGCUUUAAUCGGCGUCUGUUUGUGGUUGCACGCUGUUGCGGCCGCUCCCCAUCCUGUUUAUUCGGCCUUCACCAACUCGACUAAUACUUGGGAUGCGCGGACUACUAUAACCUUCCCCAACACCUCUGCCUUUGUGGAGGCGACUGAGCGCUGGAACAACGCCAACGGGCCUGGAUACUCGGUGGCCAUUACACCUGCGACGGAGAAAGACGUCGCGAGAGCGGUCAGAAUAGCCAGGUCUAUUGAUUUCCCCUUCCUCGCCACCGGUGGCCGUCAUUCCACAAGCGUGACCGUGGAAGACCUCCAAAAUGGCCUAGCCAUUGACUUGCGCGCGCUCAACAGCGUUGAGAUUGAUGACAAGGCCGGAACCCUGACUGUUGGUGGUGGCACAAUAUUCCGCGAGAUGGUUGAUGAGGUUUAUGAAGCUGGGUAUCAGAUGCCCAUUGGAACUUGCAGUUGCCCUGGCAUGGUCGGCGUAACAGGCGGUGGUGGUAUCGGUCGUUUCCAAGGUGUUAAUGGACUCUUGAUAGACAGUCUCCUGUCAGUCCGCCUGGUGACAGCCAAGGGCAAGAUUAUCAAUGUCUCAGAGAACUCGCACUCAGACUUAUUUUGGGCUAUUCGCGGUGCUGCUCCCAACUUCGGCAUCAUCACUUCUGCUACAUACAGGCUUCACGAACCAACCAACGGCGGCCAGAUAUUUAGCGCGGACUUCAUCCUCCCAGCGUCUGCCAAUGCCUCCUACUUCGACAUCCUGCAGGACCUCCAGGGCACUAUUCCAGCCGAACUGUCCACUAUCACCAUUUUAACAUACAACGACACAAUCAAUGAGCCCCAAAUUAUCGCAGGCUGGGUCUACCUCGGCCCCGAAGCCCGCGGCCGCGAACUGAUCCAGCCCAUCCUAGACCUAAACCCAGUCCUCACCUCCAUCAGUACCACAGUGAGAUACAACGAGCUACCCUACGUCGCGCUCCUCGGCCUCGGCAACACAAUCUGCAAUCCGGUAGCUAUAUCCGGCUACGGCGUGAAUUACCGUACUCUGUCCUCCUCUACGUACCAGACCGUCUUCCAACUCUUGACCGACUUCUUUGCCGAGUUCCCCGAUGGUCGUGGGAGCUCAGUUGAGCUGGAGAUUUUCGCGCCCCAUGCUGUCGAGGCUAUUCCGGUUGGGAGUACGCCGUAUCCGUGGCGUGAUGCGUUGGGUUAUACGCUUAUGUCGUUUGUCUGGGCCACGACAGACACACACCAAGCAGGCAUCAAAACCGGCGAGGCGGUGCGCGCGGCAUUUGCGGCGACCUCGGGCUACGACGGUCUCGCGACAUAUGUGAACUAUGCGCAUGGCGAUGAAACUCUGUCGCAGAUGUUUGGGGAGUAUGUGCCGCGGUUGCGGGAGUUGAAGAGUACGUGGGAUCCUGAGAAUCUCUUUGGGUUCUUCCAUGGGCUGGCGACAACGCCUGUUUGA